AUGUCUGCUCUCAAGGCAGCUACGGUUUCGAAUAGAAUCAUUAAACGGAAGAGGAAGAGGCAACCUUCCGAAGAAGACAAAGGGGGCGAUUUCUUAGAGGAUUCAGAAGAGACCCUCGAGGAAGUAAACGCUGAAAAAUCGAGAAAUAAUGUAGCAUCUCGGCGCAAGAAGAAGGAAAAUACAGAUGUUGAGUGUCAAAUUGAAUGGCCGCAAGUAUUUAAAGAUUUGGAUAAGACUCAUAGAGCUUUGAACUUAGUCUUUACUUUCUGCUCUACACGCAAGCAUAUUGCGACAACUUUUGAUACUAUUCGGUCCUCGGUGGAGUCUAAUACGAAGCGAGAGCUGACAGUCGAGGAUGUUGCAGCUAUCGUUGCACUGCGGCCGGAAGGCAUCAACUUCACUUACGUGGAUGAAGUGAUGUUACAUACUGACAUCAAGGGAGCUGAAAGAGACUCUACGUUUAAGACUGGUAAAUCAAGGGAUAUUACAGUUCAAGGUCCCGCCCCGGAUGCCUCUGUUGGCGGAUUUACCGGUUUGGACGAACUUGGUAGGCGACAUCCCGACGAUUCGCCAUCAAGUGGUCAAGAGGUUCUUUACUUUGAAUUUGUUGACGGGGACCUCAAAAGACAAGUCCAGAGCAAAAAGACAGGAGAGCCCACAAAUCCGAAUAGGAGGCUACGGGACGAGGACUUGAAAAUGCCAGUUUACAGCCAGAAACAAUUGACAACCCUGAUUGAGAAGCGUAACCAAAAAUUCACGAAUGCGGUGAGUUCCUUUAUAAACCGCUGCGUAGAAGAAAAUCUGGAUCCAGAAGUAAUGAUCCGCCAGGAAGCAGAAGCAUAUGUUCCAAUUCCUACUAUGUCAGAGCCCACUAUCCCUCAGCCAGAGCCUAGCACUAUACCCGCGUCGAUACCCAAGGAGAGGAAGAGUAUUCCUGAAAUCAUACAGGAAAUUAAAGACAGUCCAUGGUAUACCGGUCAAAUUGUGCCGGAUGGACACCGAGUGUUUGACGCUCAGGCUCCCGUUUUUGGGGAACUUGACUUUCUGCUGAGUCAAGAUAUGGUGAAUGCCCUAUACAAUGCGAAAGGAAUCACUCAGUUCUACGCUCACCAGACCGAAGCAAUCAAUAAUCUACACGCGGGCCGUCAUGUUGUUGUCUCAACCUCGACCAGCUCAGGGAAGUCCCUCAUUUACCAGCUUCCUGUCUUACACGCACUGGAACAGGAUCCCAAUACUCGAGCUAUAUACAUCUUCCCAACGAAGGCGUUAGCUCAGGAUCAAAAGAAAAGCUUAAAGGAGAUGCUCGCAUACUUCACGGGGUUGGGGAAUGCCCUCGUUGAGACAUUUGACGGUGAUACCCCGAUGCACGAUAGAAAUCAGAUUCGUGACGAGGCCCGUAUCAUUUUCACCAACCCGGACAUGCUUCACCUUACAAUUCUCCCUCAGGAAGAUAGAUGGCGAACUUUUUUAAAGUACUUACGCUAUGUUGUCGUUGACGAAUUACACUACUAUAACGGCUUGAUGGGCUCGCAUGUUGCAUUCAUCAUGAGACGGCUUCGGCGCAUAUGUGCCGCCGUCGGCAACCGAAAGGUUAAGUUCAUAUCAUGUUCUGCCACCGUGGCAAAUCCACGAGAGCAUUUUAAAACUAUCUUUGGAAUUGAUGAUGUGCAUUUAGUUGAUUUUGACGGGUCGCCGUCUGGGCGGAAGGAGUUUCUCUGCUGGAACACGCCUUAUAAAGAUCCUAGCGACCCAACUAGCGGGCGCGGAAAUGCCAUAGCCGAAUGCGCUCGCUUAUUCUGCCAACUUAUCCUACGCGGAGUUCGUGUGAUAGCGUUCUGUCGUGUGAGAAAGCAAUGCGAAGAGUUAGUCAAUGCUGCUAGGUACGAAUUAGAAUCAUUGGGUCGUCCAGAAUGUAUGGCUCGUGUCAUGGGUUAUCGAGGCGGAUAUACGGCACAAGAUCGUCGACAGAUCGAGAGCGAAAUGUUUGAGGGCAAACUCAUGGGUAUUAUUGCGACGACUGCUUUGGAGUUGGGUGUCGAUAUUGGCACCUUGGACUGUGUCAUUACACUGGGAUUUCCAUACACCAUUUCAAACCUAAGGCAGCAGAGCGGGAGAGCUGGUAGGAGAAACAAAGAUUCUCUGUCCGUUCUGGUAGGGGAUUGUUUUCCAACCGACCAACACUACAUGCAGAACCCCGAUGAACUUUUCACGAAGCCCAACUGCGAACUUCAGGUUGAUUUAAACAACAUGCUUGUCUUGGAGGGCCAUUUACAGUGCGCAGCAUAUGAGAUGCCGAUCAAACCCGUCGACGACGCUAUCUAUUUUACGAAAGACCUAGCGAAGAUCGCAGAAGAGCGUCUUAUUAAAGACGAGCUCGGGUAUUACCAUUGCCAUGACAGAUUUAGGCCGAUGCCGUCAAGGUUUGUUGCGAUUAGAGAUACUGAGGAUGAUCACUUCGCAAUAGUUGAUAUAUCUCACGGGAGGAACGUGGUACUCGAGGAAUUAGAAGCAUCGAGGGCCUUCUUUACUAUAUACGAUGGCGCGAUAUUCCUACAUCAGGGUAACUCGUACCUAGUACGUGACUUCCAGCCAGAUAGGAAAAUUGCUAAGGUAGAAAAGGUCAAGGUGGAAUGGACUACAGAACAGCGGGACUUCACCGACGUGGACCCCAUAGAAACAGAGGCCAUGCGUAAAAUCGCGGGUUCGCUCUCGCGCGCCUUUCACGGCUCAAUACGCAUUACCCAGAACGUCUUUGGCUACUUCAAAGUAGAUAGGAAGCGUCGCAUUCUCGACGCUGUGCAAGUCGAUAACCCUCCUAUCAUCCGGAACAGCAAAGGCAUGUGGCUCGAUGUUCCGAAGCGCGCCCUCGAGAUCCUCGUCGACCGGCGCCUCCACGUGGCAGGCGCUAUUCACGCCGCUGAGCAUGCUAUCAUGAGCCUGAUGCCUAAUUUCGUCAUAAGCAUGCCGGGAGAUGUCCGAACGGAAUGUAAAUCGGGACUAAAGGAGUUUGCGCGGAAGGAAACUUCGCGGAAGAGGCCUGCUCGGCUGACUUUCUACGACGCGAAGGGUGGCGCUAAUGGAACCGGCAUUAGCACCAAGGCCUUUGAGUUCAUCGACAUGUUACUCGUACAGGCCUUAGAACGGGUCCAGCACUGCCAUUGUCAGACGGGGUGUCCCGAGUGCGUGUGCUCGGAGUUCUGCAAGGAGGCUAAUGAGGUUAUGAGCAAGGCUGGUAGCGCGGUUAUAAUUAAAGCACUGUUAAAUAUGGAAAUUGACGUUGAGGCUCUGCCUAUGGGGCCGGAGGAUAUGAGCCCGGUGGGUAUUGAAACGGUAGUCUUGGCUAAGCCGGUGCCGUCGAGAGGCCGGAGGUUUGGUUAUGAGGAAAUUAAGAUAGAGGAGGAUGAUCAGGAUGUUGUCAUUGUCGAUUAG